GUUCAAAACAUAGUUUGUCGCGUUUGUGGGGGUCGGUCAACAGGCUUUCAUUUCGAUGCGAUAACAUGUGAAUCGUGUAAAUCGUUUUUCCGGAGGAAUGCCCUGAAAAAUGCUACUCGAUUUGUAUGCUAUUUGGGAGCGAAUUGUCGAAUAGAUUUGGAGAACAGAAAUAAAUGCAAGAAAUGUCGUUUAGAUAAGUGUUUUGCAGUUGGAAUGAAAAGUAACCUAUUGUAUUCGGAUGAACAAAAACAAUUGAGAAAAUCUAUUAUAGAAAGCAAUAGAAAACGAAAAACAAAUGAAAUGACAGAAACUAAUGAUGAAAGUGUCUCUUCAACUCCCAGUCUAUCACUGCAAACAAUCAAUGAUAUUAUUAUGGAUGAGAUAUGUAACCAUGAAAGUCAGACCUCAUCAGACGUGUCAACAGAUAAUAGUUUUAGUGACCUCUCGAUCAAUAAAAAUGCAUAUAAUUUGGAUCUGUCGGUCAUACCUGUUAUGAAACCCAUCACUGAUUAUAGCAAUCAGUUCAAUGAAUUAGAGGGCAAUAAAUUGACGGAACUGUUGGAUGCUUUAAAACUUAUGAUUUCUCCGACGGCUACUAGUGCUGAGAAUAUAGCCCUCAAUUCAUUUGUAAAUACAAUUAAUGUGAUAAUUAUGACACAUGAGAAUAAGAUCAAGAAAAUCAUACAAAUGUCUAAAUGUUUGACAACAUUUAACAAUUUAUGUGAUCAUGAUCAAUUGAUUUUAAUUAAGCACGGUGCUAUUGAAAUCAGUAUAUUACGGAUGAUUUGCAAUUUUAAUUUUGAGGACAAAUACUGGAGUAUAAAA